CGCUGCAGCUUGUCGGACAAUGAGGUUGACCGGUGCUGGCGGGAUCGUGUUGUGUUUCUUAGGUUUAAUUGGAGCCGAAAUUAAACAAAAUGGUAGAAACAGGUUAAAUGCCUUACUAAUCACAGCCGACGAUGGAGGUUUCGAAAUGGGCGCCUACAGAAACAAAAUAUGCCAGACACCAAAUUUAGAUAAAUUGGCGAGGAGCAGUCUAAUUUUCAACAAAGCCUUUACUUCCGUAAGCAGUUGUUCACCAAGCCGCUCGGCGAUUUUAACGGGCUACCCGUCCCACCAGAAUGGAAUGUACGGACUGCAUCAGGGAAACAAUCACUUCAAUUCGUUUUCUAAUGUUGACAGUCUGCCCCUGAUUUUGGGACGUCACGGUGUUCAUACCGGUAUAAUCGGCAAAAAACACGUGGGUCCGAAAGGAGUUUACAAAUUCGAUUAUGAGCAAACGGAAGAGAACAACUCGAUCCUACAGGUUGGCCGGAAUAUUACACACAUCAAAUUGUUGGCCAGAGAGUUUUUAGCAAAAUCGAAGGAACAAUCUUUUUUCCUGUACAUUUCUUUCCAUGACCCGCAUCGGUGUGGUCACACUAAUCCAGAGUACGGCGAAUUCUGUCAAAGGUUUGGCAACGGCGACGAAGGCAUGGGGAUGAUUCCCGAUUGGCAACCCAUUUACUACCAGUGGGAUGAAAUAGAAUUGCCGUAUUACGUGCCGGAUACAGAGCCCGCUAGGAGAGACGUCGCUGCCCAAUAUACAACUAUAUCCAGGCUUGACCAGGGCGUGGGCCUCAUAGUCAAGGAAUUAGAGGACGCCGGUCGCUUAAAAGACACCAUCAUUAUAUACACUUCAGACAAUGGCAUUCCCUUCCCCAACGGACGUACCAACUUUUAUGAUUCCGGGGUGGCCGAACCAAUGCUCAUUUCAUCUCCUUUACAUACAGAACGAAGGAACGAAAUUACAAAUUCUUUGACCAGCUUACUCGACGUUACACCUACUUUGCUCGAUUGGUUCGGGAUUAAACAAAACCAAACUGUUGCCGAAGAAUCCAACGACAUAGACUCCCAGAGAAGAUUGAGCGGAAAAAGUCUGCUGCCGUUAUUGAUCAAAGAACCCGAUGACAAAACGAAAGAGGCGGUGUUUGGCAGCCACAACUCGCACGAAAUCACUAUGUAUUACCCCAUGCGAAUGAUCAGAACCCAACGGUACAAACUGAUACAUAAUUUGAAUUACGAAAGCUCGUUUCCUAUAGAUCAAGAUUUUUAUUUGUCGCCCACUUUCCAGGACAUGUUAAACAGAACCAGAAACAAUGAAAGUCUGCGGUGGUAUAAAACCUUGGGGCAGUACUACAAACGGGAGGAGUGGGAGUUGUUCGAUCUAAAGUACGAUCCGGAAGAACUGGAUAAUUUGGCACAGAAGUCCAGUAUGCAACAAACACUUCAAGAAUUGAAAAAAAGACUUUGGGACUGGCAAAAGGAGACGGACGAUCCGUGGUUAUGUGCCCCUCAUGCGGUUUUAGAAGACAAGGGGACUUUUAAAGAUAACCCUCAAUGUUUGGGCCUUAAUAAUUAUGUCUAGUGUUAAAAAAAGAAA